GCGGCGGGGGCGGCGCCCGGCACUGGCCAGGCAGGAGGAGGGGCGCGGCUGGACGCAAAGGGCAAAAGGAGGGCCGGAGGGCGCCAGCCGCCAGUCAGUCGGCAGGGACCCGCAGGAUGUUUUUCUCUGGCAGCCAGACUGGCCUUGCUAGUCGACCUAAAGGACUUUUACCGACAUUCAAGAUAUUCCUUGUCAUUGUUUGCCUUCAUGUAGUGCUGGUUACAUCCCUAGAAGAAACCAGUGACAUAAGCUCCUUGGUUCUUCCUGAGGAUAUCACACUAUAUCUUCUAGACCACAAUGAAUGUGAAAAAGCUAAAAUCACUAUAGUAAAAACCUUCAAUGCAUCAGGAGUCAAACCCCAGAGAAGAAUCUGUAAUUUGUCAUCUACUUGCAAUGACUCAGUGUUUUUUAGAGGUGAGAUCAUGUUUCAGCAUGCUGAAGAAAGCAAUGAUACCCAGAAUCAAAAUGCGGCCAAUGACACUUUAGCAACGGGAGUCCUGUCUCUAAGAGAAUUGAAGCGGUCAGAGCUCAACAAAACCCUGCAAACCCUGAGUGAGACUUAUUUUAUAAUGUGUGCUACAGCAGAGGCUCAAAGCACAUUAAAUUGUACAUUCACAGUAAAACUGAACAAGACAGUGAACAUAUGUGCAGCCGUAGUUGCUUUGAAAGGGGUAAUGAUUCGACCAAUGGACCAGUGCUGCUGUACGGUCGAGACAGCCUGUCCUUCCUCCCCAGAGGAGUUAGAAAAGCUGCAGUGUGACAUUCAAGAGCCUGUUACCUGUCCUGCCGGUCCUCUACAUGGCCCGCCAUUUUCUUCAUCCCGUGAUUCCAGCCCAGAGGUUCCUCAGCCCACAGUGUCUUCCCAGAUCACCAGUGCCUUCUCUUUGAUCCAUUCUAUAGAUCCUCCACCUAGAACCCAGAGCUCUACCUCUCCCAAUGGGGACACUUACCCACUUUCUCCACAGCCUUCCGCAUCUAUAGCUUCGAGCCCUGUCAUUGAUGUGCCCCCACAACCUAGAAGUUUCUCUUCCCCUACACCCCAGUCUGCUCUUCUCUAUACACUGUCACCUGUGAAAUCCUCACUUCCCUCACCCACCGCCUCUGUUUCGGUGAAGGUCAUCAGGCCGAGUGUGUCACCUGACAAGAAAGACGUUGUUCACAGCAGCACCAUCAGGGUUUGGUGGAAUAUUGAGGACGAAGUGUCCAGGAUGGAGCAGGCUCUGUCCAUGGGCAGCUUGGAGCCUGACUUUGCAGAAUCUAUGAUAAACCAAGUCAGCAGACUCCUUCGUUCCCCACCUGCCUUGUUGGCCCCUGUGGCCCAAAGAUUGCUAAAAGUAGUGGAUGGCAUCGGCUUUCAGAUGAAUCUUUCAAACAAGAGCAUAAGUCUAACGUCCCCUUCUUUGGCUCUGGCCGUGAUCAAAGUGAAUGCUAGUAAUUUCUACACAACUACCUUUGCUGUCCAAGAUGCCGACCAUCUUCAGGUAUCUCUGGACACUGAGGCUCCUGAGAACAGCAUUGGUAGCAUCACUUUACCUUCAUCGCUGUUGAGUAACUUACCAGUGGCAGAUGCCGAGCUGGCAUCAAGGAUUCAGUUCAACUUUUUUGAAACACCUGCCCUGUUUCAGGACCCUUCCCUGGACAAUCUCUCUCUCAUCAGCUAUGUCAUAUCAUCAAGUGUUGCGAACCUGACCAUUGAGAACUUGACGAGAAACGUGACGGUGACAUUAAAACACAUCAACCCAAACCAGAGUGACUUGAGAGUGAGGUGUGUAUUUUGGAAUUUGAGCGAAAAUGAUGGCAAAGGCGGCUGGUCCCCCGAGGGCUGUUCCGUCAAACAACAGCGGUUGAAUGAGACCACCUGCACCUGCAACCACCUGACAAGCUUCGGCAUCUUACUGGACCUAUCUCGAACUUCCUUACCAUCUGCUGAGAUGAUUGCUCUGACAUUUAUCACUUAUAUCGGUUGUGGGUUUUCAUCAAUUUUUCUGUCAGUUACUCUCAUAACCUACAUAGUCUUUGAAAAGAUCCGGCGGGAUUACCCUUCCAAAAUCCUCAUCCAACUAUGUGCGGCUCUGCUCCUGCUCAACCUGGCCUUCCUACUGGACUCAUGGGUUGCUUUGUAUGAAGUCCGAGGCCUCUGCAUCUCCGUAGCCGUACUUGUGCAUUAUUUUCUCUUGGUUUCGUUCACAUGGAUGGGUUUGGAAGCCUUCCAUAUGUAUCUGGCUCUCGUCAAAGUGUUUAAUACUUACAUCCGAAAAUACAUCCUUAAAUUCUGCGUUAUCGGUUGGGGGAUACCAGCUGUAGUUGUGAUCAUCAUCCUCGCUGUAUCUCCAGAUAGCUAUGGGCUUGGAUCCUAUGGGAAAUUUCCCAAUGACUCGUCUGACGACUUUUGCUGGAUCAACAGCAAUGCUGUAUUCUAUGUUACCGUGGUGGGAUAUUUCUGUGUGAUCUUUUUGGUGAACCUCAGCAUGUUCAUUGUGGUCCUGGUUCAGCUCUGUCGAAUUAAAAGGAAGAAGCAACUGGGAGCCCAGCGAAAAACCAGUAUUCAAGACCUCAGGAGUGUUGCUGGCCUUACUUUUUUACUGGGAAUUACUUGGGGCUUUGCCUUCUUUGCCUGGGGACCAGUUAGCACUACCUUCAUGUACCUCUUUGCCAUCUUUAAUACCUUACAAGGAUUUUUCAUAUUCAUCUUCUACUGUGUAGCAAAAGAGAAUGUCCGAAAGCAAUGGAGACAGUAUCUUUGUUGUGGAAAGUUACGUCUGGCCGAAAAUUCUGACUGGAAUAAAACUGCUACUAAUGGCUUAAAGAAGCAGGCUGUAAACCAAGGAGUGUCCAGUUCUUCAAAUUCCUUACAGUCAAACAGUAACUCCACCCACUCCACCACGCUACUAGUGAAUAACUCACAGGCGGGACUCACAAGCGGGAAUGGGAAUGCAUCUACGGAGAAGAACGGUGUUUCUUUCAGUGCUCAGAAUGGAGAUGUAUGCCUUCAUGAUUUCACUGGGAAACAGCUCAUGUUCAAUGAGAAAGAAGAUGCCUGCAAUGGAAAGAGCCGCCUCGCCCUCAGAAGGACUUCGAAGCGGGAAAGCUUACACCUCAUUGAGCAACUGUGAUUUUUUUCCCCUAAAAUCAAAGCAUGAGGCUUGACUGUGUGAAAAAUGUUUAGUUUUACCUUUUACACAAUGUGAGAUGUCUGAAAAUCAACUAGUUUUUUACUUGGCCACCUUAGAAGGAGCAUAAGCUAAUUGAGGGUCGUGGGUCCUCAUGGAAGAGGAAAUCAAGACAUUUAGCCUGGCUUAUAGACACUUGUGAUUUUGUUUCUGGUUCUUCAUUUGAAAAGAUUACUCUUUGGGGCUGGAGAGAUAGUGCAGUGAGUAAGGCACUUGCCUGGCAUGUGGCUGAGCUUGGUUCAAUCCCUGGCACCACGUAAUGUUCCCUGAGCACUACCAGGGGUCACUCCCAAGCUCAGAGCCAGGAAUAGCCCCUGAAAACUAGGGGGCAUAGCCUUCCAUCCACCCCAUUCCCCAAAAGAAAUCGCUUUUAAUCAACGUUAAGAAAAAAGUGGUUAAAAAAAAAGAGUACUUCCUCUCCUAGCACAUUUUAAAGAGGUUCAGUUAUCUUGGGUAACAUCCUGUAAAGCAAUUGUUGACUUCAGCCUGUUGGUGAGUUUAGCUGUGCAUGCCUUAGUGGUAAAUAAGCUAAAUUCUCGUGAUCCACAUGUUGAAAAUUGUAUGUCUACAGUUUUUGUAUUUAUUUCUACUGUGUAAAUUUAUUUCUUUGUAGAAUCAUAAUUGUGUUGUUAUGUCUAAUGUGAUAAUUCAGAAAAUUUCUUGUCAGCUCAGUAAAUUCUAAAGCUCUUUUUGAUUACGUGGCAUGUGAAAUACAGAAACGUCACUGAAAUCAAGAAAUGAUGAGAUGAUCGAGAACGGGGGUUAAGGCACUCACCUUAAGACUCCAGUUCCAUUUCUGACACCACAUGAUCUCCUGCGUAUCAGGGUGCGGCCCUGGUUGUCCCUUCACACUGCUGGGGUGGUCUGAGUAAUCCCUCGCUCCACAGAGCUGCUUCCUGGGACCUUGCAUUGAACCUCGAGCCACGUUAGCCAAGCAUUGCUCGGAGGGGCCUGAAUACCACUUGAAAGCCUCCCCCCACCAAAAUCAAAGGGGGAGGAAAAAAAGGAGAGGGAAUGAUGCCAGCCAGAGUGGGGAAAUGUGAACAGACAGCACUACAAUGAGCUCAAGGCGGAGCCUUUGAGUGACUUAUUUAAAAAAGAGGGAAAAAAAAGGUGCCCUCACUAGUCAGACACAGCCCCAUGGGCUGAAGGUUUGGGAAACAGCAGGCGUAUCAUGUUUUAGUACCACUCACCCUUUGGGGGGGGCAUCCUGGUGCAGAGGACAGCCUGUACAAACACACAUGGCAUCCAACGCCCAUAUCAUCUUUUAACCUAUCCCUAAUUAUCAAAUGAUGGACCUGAUCACCAAGCUGUUUUCCUGACUACCUUGACUACAGUGGGGGAUGGAAUCGUAAUUCAGAACACAGGUCAGGAAAAUUGUGAACAUAGAAGAGAUAUAGAUACUGCCAUUUCUCAAAUCCCCAGAGCCUGUCCGGAAAGGGGAAUGUAUAUGGAAAACAUUCUGUUGCUGUUCUUUACAAAGGUAACUGCUGCAUGGUACCUGGUUGACUUGUAGACUGGUAGACCCUGAUCCAGGCAGAGCUCUGCUGAUUUUUGCUAAUGUGUCAGGUGUUGGAUAUCAUUCGCCCCCUUUCUUUUUCUUUUUUGUGUUUUUACACAGUCAGGUAUUGAAAGAGUUGAUAAUGAUAGGACAAGGGGGCAAUAGUGAACUAUACUGCAAGGCUCUUGUUUGCAUGUGUAUCAAAAUCUGAUUUUUGCCUCCUUGGAGAGGGCCUCUUGCUUCCCACCUAUAGUGGUUGGAGCUGAAUCUUAAGUAUGUUCUUAUAAGGAAAUACUUUCAAGCCCAGCAGUUAGGUGUUUUUUUUAGCCUUUUCACUAAGGCUCCCUUAGUUAAGGCACAUAUUUCCAGUGAAUGUUGUGUCCCAGGCUAACUACAAUGGCAUGCUAGGAGUGCUGAUUUAUCUUGGCAAUAGUUCUUCUCCACUUUAUUUGUCUUGCACCUAUAUGUUAAAUAUACAAUGUGCGACCACCGAAGCACAUUUUGAAUCCACCAAAUAAAUUUGCAGUUAAGUCCUCUUCAUGUGAGAAUUGGCACGCAGAAAUGUUUGUGCUCUCUCUGGGGAGGGCAGCAUGGAAGUUGCCCCACUGACCAGCCACCACCCUUUGGGACAGCAGGCACACUGCAGACCUGUGGGAGGAGAGUUCUGCCUCACGAGUUCCUCUUUCUCAUUUUCCUCUUAUUCUUUCAAGAUGGUCUUUGGGACACAUGUGGCCAUUGGCACGUGGGCCUGACUCAGAAGCCCUCCCAGUGGCUACUUCCUUGGCUUUGAACAGUGGGAUUUGGGAGUUCUAGCGGAGCCCAAAUGGGGGAAGCUGACCUCCGCUCUGCAAGUUCUCUGAAUUCUCUCUUCUUCCAAGACACUCGGCUGCCUCACAGAUGCUGGUACUAAAUUGAUAAGGAAGGAGGUGAGAUAUGCUAGAAUUGGGGGUAAGAAUCCAGAAACAGAGUUCCCGAACCCGUAUUCUGUAACCAUUGUGCACAAAACCAUACUCAGUGUCCAACCAAUGUCCUAUAGAAUGCUAAGUUCCUCAUCCUAUUUUGUAUUUUCCUAUUUUGUAUUUUCUUGUUUUGUAUCUGACUGUGGUCCUUAAGCCAAAUUCUCUUACUUUUUUUUUCCACUUCAGACAGAUAAGGGGCAGGGGGCAAAAAGAAUGUUCCUGGUAAGUGUCAUCUUUUGGUAUAAAACUGGUGUUAGACUUUGAGGCUUUCUUGAAGGGGACAGUGAGGCCAACAUGAGGAAGUGAAGAUGGCACAACAUUGGCCAGUACAGUAGCUCCUCAGAACCUUCCAAAGUGUUUCCCCGAAACUCUAUAAUCAUGAAUACCAUAAACUCAUCCCCUUUUUGCAGCAAGCCGCAUCAUGAUUAUGAUCCACAGAAAUGGCAAAAUGGCUUCAUGCUGAUAUUAAAUUGUGUCUAUCAAGGUGGGUUUGUGAAGAACAUUUUGAUCCAGAGUUAACUUACUAUGCCAACAGUUUCCCAAAUGGACUUGUGUUUUUAUCACUUUGUCUCCAAGACAGCACUUAAAAGGAUCUUGAGUCUAUUUAUGCCACACACUUCACGGCCUCGGCUGGACUUAGAAUAGGAAAAAGGACAGACUGGAUGGACAUGAGAAGGAAUUAUAAAAUGGGGGGAAUCCUUAUUGGUAUAAUCCUUUUGCCCUUCUUUAGGGCCUAUCUUCUUAAAUUGGGGGGUUUGUCACAAAUUUUUU